AUACAAAACAUUAUUUUAAAAGAUAAGAUGGACAAAUCAUUAGCAGAAAAAGUAGAAAAAGGUUGUCUUAGGUGUGGGUGUGCGUUAGGAGGUGGUGUUCUACCUGUUUGGGGUCUGAUCAGCGGUUUAUGGUAUGCGACAUUGUCACAAUAUGUUACUCAAGAGGCUAUACAAAAGGGUAUUGAAGCAGGUAUUUCUGCGUCCAUUGAUGGAGUAACAACACAAUUCUCAUUACACUCUUUAGGUGGUAAAACAUUACAAGAAGUUAUUACUACUGAAAUAUAUAAGAAACCCAUGUGU